AAACAAAAGGAAAACGAAACCAAAAAGCACACAAAACAUGAAGGGGAUCUACACAUUAGCUCUGCUAUGGCAGCUAUUCCUAAUGGCCCAGCUGCCAUUGGGGGAUGCCAGGAGUGUGUCCAUUGCUGCAAUACAACAGCAGACUAGCAGCGGUGGUAACAGCAACACUAACAGCAACAGCAGCUCCACCGCGACCAGCAGUAGUCUGCCAGCAGCAACGCUGUCUGCUAACCCUGCUGUUAACUCUACAGCUAACACAGCUGUUAACUCUACUGCUCACCCAACUGAUGACUCCUCUGCUAAAACUGCUGUUAAGUCUACAGCCAGCCCCGCUGGCAACGGCAACUCUUCUGCUUACACUGCUGCUAACACCGCUGUUAGCACCGCUGUUAACUCUUCUGCUGAAUCUUCUUCUGCUGCUAUCACUGCUCAAUCAUCGCGAUCCACCAUCAAGCACAUUCGGCGGCGUAAGCGUGAAACUCUGGUGGACAUACCAUUCGAUUUUCACACCAAACAUCUUUCCUGCGACGUCGAUGUGAAGUCAAUAGACUAUUUCGUUGAUAGUUUGUAUGGUUCGUGCAUUUGGGCAUUCAACAAUAGGUUUGCCCACGAGGGAUUCUGGCGCGUCUGGCAGAUCUUUAGACUGGAGGCAUUCAUGUUUGGUCAAUACCACGAGCGCAUGAAGCGCUACGAGAUCGAUCCUCACGGCUAUGUUUGGCCAUUAGGUCAAUAGUUGGACUACAGAUAUCAAUAAAAUGAUGUGUUUAAACUUGAA